GGGGGAGUGAUGCCCACAAUAUAAAGACCCGCCAAAGAGGGUCAGAAAUGGACAUCAUCAGGACCGUGAGCUGGACAGAUGUUAAAGCAACAUUUCCAGAAAAAAAAUUAUAAAUUCUUAUUUAACCUGUUCAGUGCUUUUGACAGUCCUGGUUAGAUUGUCUCUCUUCCCUGUGAACGUCAGAGUCUCUGCCAGAGCUGAAGAUGCCAAACUGGGGUGGAGGAGUCAAAUGUGCGGCCUGUGAGAAGACGGUUUACCAUGCUGAGGAGAUCCAGUGCAACAGCCGGAGCUUCCACAAAACCUGCUUCAUCUGCAUGGCUUGCCGAAAAGGUUUAGACAGCACAACAGUCGCAGCACAUGAGUCUGAGAUUUACUGCAAAUCCUGCUAUGGCAAGAAAUAUGGCCCAAAAGGUUAUGGGUAUGGCCAGGGAGCUGGAGCGUUGAGUUCUGACCCCGUUAAUAAUGAAGAAUGUCAGCCUCAGGAGCCCAAAACUCCCCAUCCUGCAUCUGCUAACUCAAACCCAAGCAAGUUUGCACAGAAGUUUGGGAGUACGGAUCGCUGUCCUCGCUGCUCCAAAGCCGUUUACGCAGCGGAGAAAGUCAUGGGUGCUGGGAAGCCCUGGCACAAAACCUGCUUCCGCUGUUUACUGUGUGGGAAGAGCCUGGAGUCCACCACAGUGACGGAUAAAGAUGGAGAGCUCUACUGUAAAGUUUGCUAUGCCAAAAACUUUGGUCCAAAGGGGCGUGGCCUGGGGAACCUGGGUGUGGUUGAGGACAAUGAAUGACAAGCUUAGACCAACCCAUUGCAGCAACAACGGAGUAUGAAUAUCAGAAUUUGCCCCCUAGUGGCAGUCAUGAUUAAUUUCUUGCAGGCUCAGUAAAGGAGCGCAAUAGCAAGAGCAUUUAACCUCUAAACAUUCCCCAAAGUGGAAUAAAUAAAAGUGUGCAAAUAUUAAA